GUUGGAUUACGUGUUGAGCAAUGUGUGUUGAGCGAUGUGUUGAGCGAUCCGCACGCGAUGGGUGAUGUGAAUUGUGAUAACAUGCUAAUUUUGAUCACUGUCGCACAAGAGACGAAUUUGAAAGAACGGGAGGUUGCCAUACCAGCUCUCAUGCAAGUUUGCUCUGAUGUGGAAUUCAUCAUGCCAAACCAGACACAAGAAGGAGUUUUGUUAGUUCUCACAAAACUACUGGGAACGCAGGUUACAUUGAAUAACCGCCAAUGGAUACUGGAUGGACAUAUUUUUUGGACCUCAAACUUGUGUAAUAAGUGUGGAGCAAGUUCAGAGUCCGUUUCAUGCUGUCACUAUGUCUAUGGCUCGCUUAACCGCACUGCUGCGCGUUUGAUGCACAAAUACGGCGCACAUGGCUGCACUGAUGUAAUCGAGCCGCUCAGGCACCCAGAUAAUCUGGCUCGUUUCCAGACUAACCCAACGAGCGGCUUCAAACUGCACUCUUUGCCUGUUUUGGCACAUAUGGUGGAGGCAUCUUGCUUGUUGAACGUUCAGACUGACUGUGGGAUUGUGCCCAAAAUCCUCGGGAGUUUUGUCGUCUUACGUGCGGCUGCCGCAACACAAUAUUGUAAGGAACUGAAAGAGUUGAAAUGUAGACCAGCUUGGGUUGUUCAGUCUGACACCAAAAAGGCAUUUCUAGUUGAAGGUCCCUCAAAACAAUGUACUUAA